AUGGCGCAAAAACGCUCACGGCGUGACUAUGAAGCAGACUCACGCAAGCAAGAUGCUCCCUUUGUCGUCUAUGGCACGCCCUUGCCGCCUCUCGAUGACAAUGCUCGCGACGAUGGCUCAUACGUACCACUAUGGAAACAAGAAGUAAUCGAUGACCGUGGCAGGAAGAGACUGCACGGGGCUUUCACAGGUGGUUUCAGUGCCGGAUAUUUUAAUACAGUAGGAUCCAAGGAAGGAUGGACUCCUUCGACCUUCGUUUCUUCUCGCGCAAAUCGUGCAAAGGAUGUCAAGAAUGCUAGACAGCAGAAGCUGGAAGAUUUCAUGGAUGAGGACGACAUACGAGAACGAGAAGAGUCUUUGCAGAUCUCGACUGCAGAGGGCUUCGCAGGCUUCAAUACUAGCCAUGAUUUGAGCGUGCAAAAUGUGCUUGACGAUGUCUUCCGCCCGUCUGAGAACAACAUGGGCGAGAAGCUGCUGAUGAAAAUGGGCUGGAAGAGAGGUCAGGGUAUUGGUCCAAGAGUUCGUCGCAAGAUAGAUCCUGGCGACCCAUAUUCAGAAUCACGAGAAUUCCCACCACAGGACUCCCCUAUGCUCGAAUUCUCACAGAAGACGGACACAAAGGGCCUCAGUUUCGAACAAGACAGCCGUGUUCAUACAGAACUCUUGAGUAAGAGCCAAGCAGCCUCUGAAACACAGGACGAACCUGUUAAAGAAGACCUACGGCCUGGGUUGAGCUUCAUGGAUCGGACAACAACGAAACCUAAGCCGCCGAUGCGGUCUGGCAUUGGUGUUGGUUCGCUCAAUGAUACAGGGUCUGACGAGGACGAUCCAUACGAAAUGGGUCCUAAAGUGUCCUAUAAUCGUGCACUCGGCGCGGGCGAGAAACAGAAGAAGCGACCAACAACUACAAGCACCGCCAAUCCACUCCUCAAGCACAAGCCCGUGUUCAUUUCAAAAUCUAAGCAGUUACCAUCCGCCCUCACUACCCUCAGAAAAUGCCAUGAUGGAAAGCUGCCCCUAAAUGGCUUCGUCCUCACCAAUGAGCUCGAUGCCUUCAAUUCAAUAAAUCUCUCGAACGAAAAGUACAAACCACCAGAAGUCCCAGAGGAUUGGGAACCCGCAAGUCUCGCAUCAAAGACGACCGACAACCACACUGCCACGCCUUCCACUCUCUCCCUUUCCUCACAACCACAAACAUCAAAUUCUCGUCGCCGCGCCCUUGGCGAACAACCCCUCCCCUCUAAAUCCAUCUUCGACUUCCUUUCCCCAGCAGCACGUGACCGCCUCGCAACAGCAACAGGAAACACAAACCUCCCAUCAGCACUCAACGAAUCUGCUCCACAGCCUACCGCCUCUUCCACUCACACUCCCCUCACCAACAACACCCCCUCCCUUGCCUACCCACACAUCGACCCAAAAACCGCCACAACCGCCCUCCACCGCCUCCGCCACGACAAAUCCAACACAACGCCCUACAAUGACGAUCUCCCCAAACAAACACGCUACAAAGACUUCCUCCGCUGGAGCGCUGACCCGCAACCACCAGCACAACGAGUCCCACCCCUCCGGGCCCCAACUCACAAAACCAACGACGCAGAGCAUCUAGCCGAACUAGCUGAGUUCGCUGCGACAGCUGAGCUGUUCAAGCCUGCUACGGGGUUCCUGGCGAGUAGAUUUACGAGUGCCUCAAAUUCGAAAGCAGAUACGGCCGUGCCGAAUAAUAGUGGCAAUAGCGAUGGUGACGGUGGGAAAGACGACGGUGGAACAGAGGAAUUUCUUACACGACCAGCGGAGAAAAAGCCCUCAGACCCAGCGGAGGAAGCGGCGCGAAUGGGCAUGUUUGGGAUUGCGACGAGGACUACGAGGUCGUGGAUGCCGACGAGGUUGGUGUGUAAGAGGUUUGGAGUGGAGAUGCCGAUUGAUUUCAAUGAUUGA